AUGGCCCUCUCAACACCCACCACAACCGCCUCCUCUCCAUCCCCGUCUCCCUUCCUCUCACAAUCCCAAUCCCUGAUAAAACGCCCCUCCUCCGCUUCAGAUGCUCUUAUGAUGCCUCCUCCCCCUCCCCCGAAACGCAUAAAACGACCCGCCACAGUCCUCGACGAAGACGAAUACACCGACGCCCUCUCUCACAUCAUCGCCCGGGACUUCUUCCCCGGCUUGCUGGAGACUCAGACACAGCGCGAGUACCUGGAUGCUCUCGAGUCGCGCAAUAAGGAAUGGAUUAAGCUUGCGGGAAAGAACUUGGAGGCAGUUAUGACGCCGCGUGCCGGUGCUGGUGCUGGUGCUGGUGAACGAAGGCGUGGAAGUGCCACGGCAACGAGGUUUGAAAGGUUAGGGAGUGCGAUUCCUAUGCGACCAGGCCUAUCGUCCAAGGCAGCAGUAGGCGAUGAGACCCCCAAAGGAAGUACUCAGUGGGCUGGUGGCGAUACUCCGAUGUCCGUCGUGGGUUCGACGACAUCUUAUUCGAAACGAAGUGAAGAGGGGGAUUCGGUUGUGGAUGUGCGGAACAUGAGUCUCUCUGCAUUCCAAACGAAAUAUACUAGCGAAGACAACGAGUCAUUUUAUAAGUUGCUUGAUAAACAGAAUAUAAAGAGGAGAGAAAAGUAUGCGUGGAUGUGGAAUGGUAAUAAGAUCUUGACGCCUAGGCAGAUUGCGUUCAGGAAGAGGGAAGCUGAGAGGACAAAACGGCUUGCCCCCUCCUCAUCGUCGUCGACCUCUUCUCUUGCGGUUUCAGCUGUAGCUUUGGAUAGUAACGAUAAGGAUAAGAAGCAACUCCAGCUCAUCACAACGGACCAAGAUGCCCGCCCCGCCCAACCAGACGCCUGGGCCUCCAAACCCGAAAAUGCCCUCAUGUUCAUCCCCUCGUCCAUAGAAGAUACGCAUGAGACCAUCAUACAGAAAGCGGAAUCCACUUCCCGCGCCGGCCCUAAACAAGUAAUAUACAGAAAUACCCGUGUCCAAGCAAUCCCAACACAACAUAGUGCAAGCAGCGAUAACCAGUCCAUCCCGCCAUCUCCUUCCAUUUCCGCCAUCCGCGACGCAAUCGCGGGCCGUCCCCGCUCCACCGGCUCCGAACCAGGCUACACAGGCGGCGAAACACCCCGCGUAAACGGCUACUCAUUCGUCGAUGAAGAGGAGCCCGAGCCCGCUCUUCAGCCAUCCUCCGAUGACGAAGAUAACUCCGCCUAUUACCUCUCCCUCAUGAAAAUGAACAACGACACCUCCAGCUCCGGCACACCCAACCCUUUCACCAUCCGCGAAAAUCGUCGUCGCGAACUCCUGCACCACCGCAUGGUCGAGCGUGUUGCCUCUACUAAACGCGCAGAGCGGUCUGGAAGGGAUAUUAAGACGCCAGUGCCCAAGUUCCCGAGUAGCCCCAUGAUUGCGUUUGGGCGGAUUCCUGGUGCUGGUAGCACUCCUGGUCUUGGUGGCGCUGGUAUGGGUGCAGGGAAAGGGUUCAGUAAAGCGUCGCUGACGCCUGCGGCGCAGAGGUUAUGGGCGGCUGUUGGGAGUACGCCAGGGCGGGGAAAGGGGGCGGGGGUUUCGGGGAUGGGGACAGAUAUGUGGACACCCAAGGCUACGCCGAAGAGGAAGUAG